ACAAAGGCGGGGUAUAAAACGAAAACAAAAGUAGCCGGAGUUAAAGAGGUCAUUUGAAUUUACUCUCCACUCAAGACUGCUCCUCUCUGCACGCUGAAACAGAUUGGAGCCAUGACUUUGGAACACAACCAGUCAACAGAUUACUACUAUGAGGAAAAUGAAAUGAAUGGCACUCAUGACUACAGUCAGUAUGAAGUGAUUUGUAUAAAAGAAGAAGUCAGAAAAUUUGCAAAAGUUUUCUUGCCCGCCUUCUUCACAAUAGCUUUCAUCAUUGGAAUUGCAGGCAAUUCCAUAGUGGUGGCAAUUUAUGCCUAUUACAAGAAGCAGAGAACCAAAACAGAUGUGUACAUCCUGAACUUGGCAGUGGCAGAUUUGCUCCUUCUAUUCACUCUGCCUUUUUGGGCAGUUAAUGCAGUUCAUGGAUGGGUUUUAGGGAGAAUCAUGUGCAAAGUCACUUCAGCCUUGUAUACAGUCAACUUUGUCUCUGGAAUGCAGUUUCUGGCUUGUAUCAGCAUAGACAGAUACUGGGCUGUAACUAAAGCCCCACGUCAAUCAGGAGUGGGGAAACCAUGCUGGCUUAUCUGUUUCUGUGUCUGGAUGGCUGCCAUCUUGCUGAGUAUACCUCAGCUGGUUUUUUAUACAGUCAAUCACAAGGCUAGGUGCAUUCCCAUCUUUCCGUAUCACCUAGGAACAUCAGUGAAAGCAUCAAUUCAAAUGCUGGAAAUCUGCAUUGGAUUUGUAAUACCCUUUCUUAUUAUGGGAGUGUGCUACUUUGUCACAGCAAGGACACUUAUCAGGAUGCCCAACAUUAAAAAAUCUCGUCCCCUCAAAGUUCUGCUCACAGUGGUUAUAGUUUUUAUUGUCACUCAGCUGCCUUAUAACAUUGUCCGGUUCUGCCAAGUCAUAGACAUCAUCUACUCUCUGAUCACCGACUGCGACAUGAGCAAACGCAUGGAUGUUGCCAUCCAAAUCACAGAGAGCAUUGCACUCUUUCACAGCUGCCUCAACCCAAUCCUGUAUGUUUUCAUGGGAGCCUCUUUCAAAAACUACAUUAUGAAAGUUGCUAAGAAAUACGGGUCCUGGAGAAGACAAAGACAAAACGCGGAGGAGAUUCCUUUUGAUUCAGAAGAUCUUACAGAGCCAACCAGUACUUUCAGCAUUUAAAUAAAUGCUCCGAUACACAAUGUCCUAAGGCCUUCAUGAAGAUAUCUCCACUACAAAGAAAAAACGUCUAGUUUUCUACUUAUGGUUUUAUACAUCCUUGUUUGUUAA